ACCGUUGGAGUAAUCUAAUUGAAUGGUAUCGCCCAGGAAGGGGGAGAGACGGGUUGUUAAGCUAUCUCCUCGUCUUCGAUGUUGUGCUGCUCCACGCUUCUAUCGACUCCAAGGAAAUGUAACCAAGUGGUCUAACUUCCUGGAUUUAAUUUCGUGGUCGGUGCCCUCAUCGGUGCCAACCAAGGACUUUCGAAAUGGGUCAAAAGCAAAGUAAAGCAAAAGAUGUAAAUGGAGAAAAUGAGACACAGUCAAGGGAUUACUUAGAAAGAUCUUCAAAACGCUCUUCUAAUCGUUCUAUAGGCUCUGCAAGCAGAGAAACUACUCCGGCAAAUGAACAGCCAGCUAAAGCAUUUCCAGCCACUGAUCCUAAUAAUGAUUUAGCCAAAGACAAAUCGUUAUCAGGCGUGGAGACUGAGCAAAUUAUAUCCCCUGUUAAGUUACAAAAAGAGGAAACCGUUUGUGAUAAACAAUCACAGAAAUCCGAACCUCAUGAAUCCACUCCCCACCCCAAGUCAGAAUCCCAGCCUAAUUUUGAUCAUUCUGUUCCUCUAACUCCUCUAAUAGUCAAUGACAUUGAAAACAACCAUAUAUCAAAGCCACGGGCAGCUUCUACUCCUGCAACUGCAAAUGGUAUGAUGGAAGGAACAACUCCACCACUCAGUCCAAAUUCUACAACUGACCAUAGUGAUGAUGAAGCUUACACUUCAGACAGACAGUCAAGCUACCGCAGCCCCAGUCCUACCGGUUCCUACUCCUCACAAUCAACCUCCAGUAGUUUGCGCAGGUUACAAUCGGAUACCAGUUCGCUGGAACGAUCCUUUAACGUCAACUAUGGCAAAUUUUACAACACGAGUUAUUUGAAAGAUGGUUAUAACAGCUAUAUGAAAAGGGCCAGCAUCAACCCCAAAGAAAUGAGUAAAUCAUCUACUCAUUAUUGUAGACCAGAUAAUUUUUCCUAUUCGAAAGAACCAACUUUCCUUCGAAAUAAACAAGGAGGAAUGAUGCAGUUAGCAACUAGCAAAACUGUUAAAGUUCGAAGAAGUGCAUCACCUGUUGAUUUGAAAAAUGAUGAAGCUGUUAGAUUAAGUAUGUUUCCUGCUGGGAAACCACCACUUCCUAAUGAAAUAACCAAGAUUGAAAGAGAAGAUUGGCCUGGGCCGCCAUCUCCAGCUGCAAUUCUACCCGAAAUAAUGAGACAAAGGCGAAAAAGUAAAGGAGAAGAAGAGGAAGACACUGAGGAACAACCUAAAGAGGACCCUAAAAAGAAAAAGGAAUUUGAAGAAAUGUCCAAGUUGAAGGAUAGAUCCGGUUUGGGAUGUGUUAUCUACAAAGAAUUAGCUGAGCGCAAGUCUUUGCCUCCCCCUCCACUGGAUCCUUGGAAAGCAUCAAGGGUCCCCUCAGCUAAAUAUGAGCCCAAGUUCAGCACAAGAUAUCAGUCCCCUAUGUUUGCUUCACCAUCUCGUUUCUUGGAUCGACCCCAGAGAGCAUGGGAUGAUGGAGAUAUCAGAGCAUGUAGGUCUUUAACUAGGAUAACCAAUUACCCAGUUCCCAAACCUGGGUAUGGUGAUUAUGGCAUAUCACAACGAGCUGCAACUCUACCAUUGUCAGGAAUGUAUGGCGGGGCAUUAGAUUUUAGAUACUAUGAAAUGGAUGAGUCAUCAACAUCUCCAACAUCAUCCGAUGUCAAGCAUGCAAAUCACAUGGAUUCUAGCAAUCAGUCAGAUGACAGAAAAAUUAGUGAUUCAACUAUUAGUGAAGACAGAAAAUCAAAGCGAUCAAGUUAUUCUAGAGCUGGGGAACCUGGUGUUUAUGAUGGGCCAGCUGUAUCUCUGAUGACCUACCAACGCAACACUUGGCAUACAGAAUCUGAGCCACCUGUGUAUCCUUAUGAACGCCUGAAGAUUACCAACUUUGACUUACCCAAAGAUGUCGAUAGAAACUGUUUGGAGAUAUAUCUCGCCAAAGAGGAUUUUCAUGAAUUGUUUAAGAUGAGUCAGGAAGAAUUUUACCGACUUGCUGAAUGGAAACGUAAUGACUUGAAGCGAAGACACCACUUGUAUUAAAUUUGCUAUGUGCAACUAUGUAUAAAUACAACAUGUCCACUUAUGCAAUCAAUAAUAUUUCAUUAUUAAACACACAUGCAGACACAACGCACAGAUACACGCACACACACACACAUACACACACACACACACACACACACACAACAAACAUACAUCUACGACAACAAUGAUUUCAUUUGAUCAGUAAGGUGAUGGACAAGUGGUUCAAAAUGAACUUUUCUAGAUAGUUAAAACCAUAUGUGGUUUUGAUGUUUUGGUAUAAUUCUAUUUAAUAUACCAAUGGUCACAUAUAGCAGCAACUAGGUCUUUACUUUGAACUGUUAUUACUACUACUACUAUUACCACUACUACAAAUAACACUGCUUCUUGAUUUAACCUUUUCCAUACAGUCUUUCAAGCCCACUGCAAGUAGCUUAUUGAAAUUUGAAUAGCUCUAUAUAUAAAUAUCAGAAUUCUCUCUCUCUCUCUCUCUCUUUCUCUCUCUCUCUCUCUCUCUCUCUCUCUCUCUCAUACA